UGUUUUGUUUAUACAUACAGUAUAUGACAUUUGAUUGUAAAUUAAUUAUUGUUUUCAGCAAUAAUUAAUUGAUUGAAUCAUCUGUUUAUGUUUUUUCGGUGACCAUCGAUGACUAAAAUUAUGGACAACAAUGAGAUGAAUAAUGAUCUGAAAGAAGAAAACAGUCGUCUAUUAAGAGAACUAUCGUUUAGUGAGUCAUUCAUCAAAGUCUUAGGCGAACAGAGGGACCAAUUCAUCAAAUUGUUUAAUGAAUGUCAACACUGCGGACAAAACCAGGAGAUGAGACAAUUGUUGUCCAAAUUUGAUGACAAAUUGAUUGAAAUGAAGAAUCAGUUUAAAUCACAAUUAAUUAAUGAAGAAUCCGAUGAUAGUAGAGAUGAAGACAAGACAAACAGCGGACAAAAGAAAUUGCGCCGAAAAUACAGGAAAAAUACACAAAAAAGUUGUAAUCAAUCAAAUACUACAAGAGUACAUUACAAAUAUCAUUGUCAAACCUGUGGUUAUAAGACGAAAGAUUUGACCCGAUUUAACCGUCAUCUGACCAACAAUGGUCAUCAACGGUCCGAAACAAUGGUGGCCGACGUGAUUAACAAGACGGCCGAGAAAGUCAGUGACGAAGAGGUAGAUGACAGUCGAUUGAUGAAAACGAGUGGCAAAAAUACUAAAGAAAAGAAAAAGUUUAUCUGUAAUGAAGACAAUUGUGGCAAACAGUUUAAAGAUACAUAUCAUCUGAUGAGACACAAGAAAACUCAUAAAAAAUCACUUUUCAAGUGUGAGUUCAAGGAUUGUGAUCAAAGUUUUGGUGAAUUGAAUUCAUUGGUUAAUCACACAAAUACUUACCAUAACUUUAUUUCAAAUGAAAUUUUGUUUGACUAACAAUUACCAGUAGAUUAUUAGACAUGAAAAUAUUUUUAUCAGUUUAUCAUAAUUUAGUUUAUAUAUCUAUUAAAAAAUA